AUGGUUUCCUGGUCCAUUGAGUUAUCCGAAUUCGGCCUACGCUUCGAGCCACAAGGCUCCAUUAAAGGGCAACAUUUGGCAGAUUUUGCAGCCGAAUUACCCCUUGCAACAGAACCGUCCGUGUGGAAUUUGAACGUCGACGAAUCUUCGGAUAAACGAGGAGCAGGAGCUGGAAUAGUAUUGGAAGGACCAAACGGUCUUCUAGUCGAGCAGUCCAUAUCUUUCACGUUCCAGCUCAGUAACAAUCAGGCAGAGUAUGAAGCUCUCAUCAGCGGAUUACUCUUGGCGGCAGAACUAGACAUCCAACACUUAGAAUGCCGAAUGGAUUCUCAAUUGGUGGUAGGGCACAUUAACGGCACUUUCCAGGUCAAAGACAACCAUCUGCUACGAUACUACCACAAAGUCAGCGACCUCAUCAAAGCGUUCGACACUUUCAGAAUUAUUCACGUACGCAGGGAGCAAAAUUCCCGAGCAGAUUUACUCUCCAAACUAACACACGGCCGAGGGAAUUCCCAACUUACCUCGGUAAUCAAAACAAGGCUAGAACAACCCCUUUUGGAGACGUGCGCCACCAAUGUUACUCCUCCCACAACUGACUGGCGGCAGGAAAUAAUACAGUUGAUAAUUCAGCAAGAGCAAGGCGCUCGGGUGAGUGCGGCUGAUUCUAAGCGAAUAGCUCGCUUCACAUUCAUAGGGGAUGAUCUUUAUCGACGCGGAUACACUACGCCUCUGUUGAAAUGCUUGUCCGGCGAAGAAGCCAAAUACGUCAUGCAGGAACUACAUCAUGGAAUUUGCGGCUCUCAUUCAGUAAAGAGAACACUCAGAGCCAAGAUAUUACGAGCACGUUUUUACUGGCCUGCAAUUGAACAAGAUUGCAAGGAGUUUGUUCAAAAAUGCAUUUCCUGCCAAUCCCAUGGACAUGACAUUCGGAUCCCUUCGUCCGAGUUAAUGGCCAUCAUAGCCCCGUGGCCGUUCGCACAAUGGGGGAUGGAUAUAGUUGGACCCCUACCGCUCGCAAAAGGACAAUGCAAAUACCUUUUAGUAGCAAUCGAUUACUUCACCAAGUGGAUCGAGGCAGAGGCUCUUGCAACAAUCAGUGCUCGGAAAGCUGAGGCCGCAAACAAAGUCAUCAUCUCCGAAUUAAAGAAACAUUUGGGACAAGCUAAAGGCUUGUGGGUCGAAGAACUGCCUGAAGUACUUUGGGCUUACCGGUGUACACCACACGGGUCAACAGGGGAAACCCCGUUUAACCUCACGUACGGCACAGAUGCCAUGUUACCGGUCGAAAUAGGAGAACCAUCCCUUCGACGGCAUAUACAAGAUAUGACUCUCAAUGAAGAGCAACUACGGAUGAAUCUCGAUACCUUGCCCGAGCGGCGCGAAAUUGCGCUGAUUAAAAAUGAAGCACAAAAGCGACUGAUAACCAAACGAUAA